AGUCUGGGUGGAUGUAGAAAAUAGCGGGUAGGGGGCAAAGGAGACCUGAGGGCCCGAACGAUUAAAGGUGGGGUUGUUAAGUCUGGGGUUCUGUCCUGCUGGGAAGCGAGGCCCCGGCAUGGAAGUAGGAGUUUGUGGUUCAGUGUUUGUGGGACUGGGAUAGAAGCUGGGGGACUGGAGUUCAGAUGCUGACCGCUCCCCUCUUCUCUGAGCAGUGCGACUUCACCGAGGACCAGACUGCAGAGUUCAAGGAGGCCUUCCAGCUGUUUGACCGAACAGGUGAUGGCAAGAUCCUGUACAGCCAAUGUGGGGACGUGAUGAGGGCCCUGGGCCAGAACCCCACCAACGCCGAGGUGCUCAAGGUCCUGGGGAACCCCAAAAGCGACGAGAUGAAUGUGAAGGUGCUGGACUUUGAACACUUCCUGCCCAUGCUGCAGACUGUGGCUAAGAACAAGGACCAGGGCACCUAUGAGGACUAUGUUGAAGGUCUAAGGGUGUUUGACAAGGAAGGGAAUGGCACAGUCAUGGGCGCUGAAAUCCGGCAUGUCCUGGUCACACUGGGUGAGAAGAUGACAGAAGAAGAAGUAGAGAUGCUGGUGGCAGGACAUGAGGACAGCAAUGGUUGUAUCAACUAUGAAGCGUUUGUGAGGCAUAUCCUGUCGGGGUGACGGGCCCAUGGGGCGGAGCUCGUCCGAAUGGUGCUGAAUGGCUGAGGACAGCCCUUCCAAUAACACCAGAGCCCGUGCCUUUCCUGUGUGAGACUGUAUCUAGCCUCGAAGGCCUCCUAGGCUCUCUUGUCACAGCACCGUUCCCAUCUUGUCUCUCUUGGAUAAUAUUUGCUGACAGCAUUCACCAAAUAAACUUGCUCUCUGUGCCCAAAAUCA